AACCGGCUGAGCAGGCAAACAGUUGUCCGCGAAGCUUCCCCGAAAUAAGUUUAAAAUAAUUCAAGCGUGCUGGAACAGAUAGAGAUUGCCUCCGAGAGCCACGAAAAUCCGUAAUCGCACUGAUUUAGAAGCAUCCAAUUUGCACAGCGUUAAUUAUCAGGCGGCAGCUACACACACCACACGAUGACCAAUCUGGCUCCCACCAUCCAGCUGAAUAACGGGUGCGAGAUGCCGAUCUUGGGCCUGGGCACCUGGAGGUCCUUCGAGUCGGACGCCUACCACUCCACGCGCCACGCCCUCGACGUGGGCUACCGGCACCUGGACACCGCCUUCGUCUACGAGAACGAGGCGGAGGUGGGCCAGGCGAUCUGCGAGAAGAUCGCUGAAGGAGUGGUGACCCGCGAGCAGGUCUUCGUGACCACCAAGCUGGGAGGGAUCCACCACGAUACGGGGCUGGUGGAGCGCGCCUGCCGCCUUAGCCUGAACAACCUGGGUCUGGAGUACGUGGACCUCUACCUAAUACACAUGCCGGUGGGCCAGAAGUUCCACAACGACAGCAACGUGCAUGGAACUCUGGAGCUGACGGAUGUGGACUACCUGGACACCUGGCGCGAGAUGGAGAAACUGGUGGAUUUGGGCCUGGCGCGCAGCAUCGGCUUGUCCAACUUCAAUGCAGCCCAGACCGAGCGCGUGCUGGCCAACUGCCGCAUUCGCCCGGUGGUGAAUCAGGUGGAGUGUCACCCGGGAUUCCAGCAGCACAAGCUCCGGGAGCACGCGAAGCGUCAUGGCCUGGUCAUCUGCGCCUACUGCCCCCUGGCACGCCCCCAGCCCUCCCGCCAGUGGCCGCCCUUCCUCUACGACGAGCACGCCCAACAGCUGGCCAAGAAGUACGGACGGACCACGGCCCAGAUCUGCCUGAGGUACCUGAUCCAGCUGGGCGUGGUGCCGCUGCCCAAGUCCUCGAAUAAGGCCCGCAUCGAGGAGAACUUCAAGGUCUUCGACUUCGAGCUGAGUCCGGAGGAUGUGGCCGGCAUGGAAAAGUAUCACACGGGGCAGCGCACGGUGCCGUUCUCCGGGAUGGCCGGUCAUAAGUACUAUCCGUUCCACGAUGAAUUUUAGACGCUAUCAGGGGUGUCCCAGAAAUCCCUGGCGAUGUCGGUACUCUUCUUUUGGAAUGCAACCGAAAAAUCCAUCAGUGUCCCGAAAACUUUUAGUUUUUGAUAUGGUUACUAGAAUUUUUACAGCAUUUUUCGAAAACCACUGUUGGGUUGUUUUGAAAUCGUUUACUGAUCUUUAGGGGACACCGUCAUUUGUAUAUUUAAUUGAAAGAGAUUUGUAAGACACCCCCGCUUAUGUAGUAUUUGUAUUGUAAAAUAAAGUAUAUUACGAAGAAAA